AUGUGGAUUUACAAUGAUUCAGACCAGGUAAGUCGCAUAUCUGCCAACCGACAUCGUUCUCAAGUAGCCAUCAAAUUGACAGGGUAGGUACUAAAGGGUGUCAUCUCCCACUGAGAAAUGGUACAUACGAGAAUAAUGGCCCUUAAUUAAUGAAUGUCCAAGUGUUCCCGUAUCGAGUUAUUUCUCGCCCACAGUGUACUUUCGUAUCUUAUCUUAUUAUCUCUGGCACGUCAUUCCGCUCGUUUUCCGUUCGGACCGCUGCAACGACUGCUUUCUUAUCUUUUCCUUUCAUUUUCUUGUUCUUCUGGAACUUUAUAGAUGAACAGCUGUUCCAAAAACCAUGUAUAUCGAAAAAGGCUAAAAGACUAGUAAAAGAAACCAUAGUUCAUCUGGGUUGAUGCACUUUCUAUCCAAUGGUUCCAGAUGUUGUCCUUCUUCCAUCUUAGUUCCUUUUUCCAAAAUUAAACUUUAUCAGCUGUCGGAUGGAUUUCGAACGGACGUUGCAAGUGCAUGCUGUAAAUCGCCCCCUCGGUCCCUGCGGUGGGCGGACGAAGAAGGGGGAGGGUACGCGUUUUUUUAUCGCUCGUUUCUCUCCUUGCACAGUCUCGCGGGCUGUGCGGCAGACACACCGGUCGUAAUGGUCCGUCCGCCUGCGCACCGCACAGCGAGUUAGCUAUUUUCACCUCAUUUCUUUGUCUUCCUCGUCUCUCUCUCUCUCUCUCUCUCUCUCUCUCUCUCUCUCAUCUCCUUUUGCACUUUUGAUCGACCGCCGCAUAUCUUCGAUUACUAUGAUCUUAACGUCGACUCGGAUUAUUUGCAAUCUCGGUGUUCAGUCUAUGCCGUUUCGAAUUGAAAAAGCACAUGUGUUUUCUCAAGCGUCAGCAGUGUUUGACUUGCACUUAGCACUUGCCUGCCACUUUCACCACACGUCAUCGGGACCAUAAGAGGUGUCAUAUCGUACCUUACCAUGCUGUUGAACACGGCUUGAGUGGGGGGAACGUACUUCAUGAGCUCCCUCUUCACGUCGCUUCAUCUCGCCGAUCUCCCAUUCGUCCUUCGAUUUGGCCGGUCCGCGCGUUUGCACUUGCGCAAGCGGUCUGUGGAUGCCUAAUUGAUAUUACGCAACUGGUAUUGCAUACUUUAGCAACGCAACUCCCCAUACAGCAAUCUUUUUCCGUUUACAUCACAUUUCCCAUACACGUCACAGCCUGGGCUCAUUUUCCACUACGCUCCGUUCGAAUUUUUUGAAAUAUGAAUUUGUUUUAACUGCGCUAACAGCUGCAUUAGAACAUUCACUUUUCGAUGCCUUUCUCACUCCAUGAGAUGUAGGCUCCUUGCACUCGCAGCGGUUCUUUCCACAAGCUCCGCCUUCUCAAGACCCUCUGUCCUCAGGGCCCCCACCGGUGGAGAGCAGAUUUCCGAUACCAUUUCCUCGUGGGCCCGCCCACUUUCGUCAGUAAUUUUACGGCUUCUCAGACUAGAUAGCCUUUCUUGCCGAGCACUUUUCAUUAGAAACAACUGAACUGCUGAUUGUGUGAAAAAUGUGAAUUCUCCUUUCUAUGCUUCUUUUACUUUGGUUUCAAUGUUAACUUUGAAUGUUUUUCCAGAUGAGUUAUAUAAAACCCGAGUAUGGCCCCCCGGUUACCACGGACGGUAGGAAUGUGGUCACUACUACCAUGCCAUACUACAAUCCGUCGGAAGCAGCCGCCACCAUGCCUGUUGUCAAAUCAGAGAACGAACCGGAAGCAACGAACACGCAGUGGCAAGGCGCGCAGCCCGCAAUGGUGAGUUUACAAGACAAGGCUUAGUUUUCAAAUCCCAAAAAUGUUCAGACGUACAUUCCGGAGGAGUACGGUGCGGAGUUCCCGAUCCCUACAGGUGCCGGACCGUCUUCAAACUACGGAAUGGUGCCGGAUGCGAACCAUCGCUACUACACCAACGUCAACGUUUACCCGCAAUUCUAUGAAACGAUGUCUCAAGCGGGAGCCAGUUCGCCGGCAACAAGUGGUUAGUUUCUAUUUCUAUCAGGUAGAGGUGGAAGAGAUAUUUUGAUCAUCAAGUGACAAGUGGCUCACAUCACCGUUUUUUGUCCGUGUGAACAUGUGUCUCGAUAAGAGAAGCGUUGCAACUUUCUCUCGCCUCUUCCUUCCAAUUUAAUUGAUGGGGAGCACCUAGUCAUCGCGUCUAGAUUCAAAACGCGGCUGAGAUUUUUUGCAAUACCUAUCCUUUGCCCUCUCAUCUUCUCACCGCGCUGCUCUCCCGAAUAAUCUGUAGACAGAAGGGGAAAUUGUGCUAAGAACGUUAGAUGUGCAGGCUGAUUACGGUAGGCGUCUGUUUGACGAACGUUUUCUGUGAACACCGCGCGGCUACGUCGUCUCAUGUUGCGCAAUAAUCUUUCGUGCAUUCCGUCAUCUUUUGGACGUCCGCUGCUCGGACCUGCCGUGAUGUAUGGUCCGAUCGUAAAGAGGUGCCGAUUCUAUGCUGCCUAGUGUAAUAAUGGCGGAAGGAGACGUAGCAGAAGGGAGGGCAAGCAUAUGACACAAGUCCAGAAGAUGUGGCUAAGGGCUUAGCUCUUCUUUGUGUGUCUGUGAGGGACCAAGAGAGAUAUGGACUUUGGCAAAUACUAUAUGUAUAUCACGUCAUUUGUUGAUUAAAGCUUUGCAAGCGAGCAAUUCGAAGGAUCAAGUACCGUACUUUCAGUUUCCGUUUCCAACUCGUCGCUGUCUCCGGAUUCGCAAACGAACGCUACCAGUUCCCAACGCACCAGCAACAUUGGCAAGACGAUUUCGUACUGUAAGGUCUGCGGAGACAAGGCAAGCGGAUACCACUACGGAGUGACGUCAUGCGAAGGAUGCAAGGUGAGAACAGAGCCCAUUUCAGCCGAUGACGUCAUAUUAGGGGUUUAAUCACAUCUCGCAUCCGCGCAUAAAUCUCUGUUCUUUUCUGCUCAAGAAUAUGAAACCUGUAUUUACGACGGUCCGUCGUUGUUUCGUUGUCGAGCAGAGAGCGAGAAAGAGAGGGGUACCAGUGGUUGCGCAAUCCCUAAGAGACUGUGUGUUGCUAUGUGCAUUAGAGACCCUUCCAUUGUGUGAGUGUUUGGGAUGCAUACUAACAAGAGGACCGAGACAAGCCUUUUUCUGCGUUCUCAGCAAAUAUAUAUAAUGAUGGUUAAUAAUUUAUGGUUGGCAAAGAAGGGGGAAGAUUACACAAGACUAUCCGCCUUCUGGCCUGGUACUAGUACGUGGUACAGGGACUAACCUAUUGAAAUUCAAAUGAUCACAGAUUUACAUGUCACAGCCUCUUUUUUUUUCGCAAAAAACACACAUCUUGGGGUUCCGACGAAAAGUGAAGCGACGGCACAAAGGCAAUAAAUUGUCUAUCCCCGGCGCACUCUUGCCUAGUAGUAACAUGUGCAACUUUUGAAUUUUUCAGGGAUUCUUCCGGCGAAGUAUUCAAAGAAAGAAUGACUAUCGUUGCCUAAAACUGCAGAAUUGCGAGAUCCGUCGUGACAGCCGCAACCGAUGUCAAUACUGCCGAUUCAAGAAGUGUCUAGACACCGGGAUGUCCAAAGAUUGUGAGUGGAUCGAAUGCAUGAAACUCUUCGCGUUUCAUUGAGAGCACAACUGACGCAGUUGGGCCAGUUUACACAAGCUAUAAUUUAUAGUCUCUCAUCUUAUCUGAUUGGUGAUGAUCCAAAUGAAACCUAGUAAAAAUCAAUGAGACGUGACAGUUGGUGUGAUGGAUAUGAUGACGUUUUUGACUCAUCUUUAUAGAUGAACGUAGAACGACUUAGAUUUACCUGUAUCUUCCAGCAGUUCGUCAAAUGAAACAGAAAAAUGGCUCGAAAAUUGAAGCUGACGAUAAUCAGGUCUCGUCGAGCACAUCUCCGGAUCCGGUGGAAGUGCAAAAGAUGGUAAAGUUCUCACUCAACUGUUUAAUAGUACUAAUGUGCGAUUUUCAGCUUAUCAACGAGAUUGCAUUGGCUCACAGCAAACAUUCGAACCACACGGACAUCAAAGUGAGAAGCAUGGUGGCCAAACCUCUCAAUGUGGUAGGAAUUAAUCGAAAAUACAAACUCCGACUUAUUUUAACUUAUUUAGCUUAUCGAUGCCGAUCCGAUGACUAACCGUAUGAAUGCCUGGCAAAUCUACGCACACGAGAUAAAUACCGAUUUCCAAGACGUUAUCAACUUUGUCAAAGAAGUGUCGUUUCUGAACAAGUUGCCUUCGAAUGAUGGCGCGGUUCUGCUCAAGAGAAGUUCGUUCGCCAUCUAUCUGAUCCGCGUCGCUCGUGGACUCUCGUCGAAGGGACUUCUGCUCAGGGACGGUCGACUGAUUGAUUUCAAGUCACUUCAUGUGUUGUAUGGACCUCUCGCCGAUGAAAUGCUCAGCUUCGCCAACUCGUUUCUGAGCCUUGGGCUCGCCGACACUGAAAUCGGCCUCUACAUUGCUCUGGUGCUUUGUCAGCCGUUGUCCGACAAACUCCGCAUGGAAACGUACUUUGAGGCUGCGGGAGAGAUCGCCAAGCUUCACGAAAUGAUCCAGCAAGCUCUCUUUUGGAAACUGAACUUCCGGAGUGACGGCGUUGAGGUCUACACCAAAUUGAACGAGCUCAUUGAAAUGUUGGAGAGACUUGGUAAGAGACUUUUCUGGACUACAAGCAAAUAAUAUCAUUUUAUUGCAGAUGACAUACAUUUGAACGAACUGAAGAUCCUCCGCGAAAACGCUCAAAUCUUGAAUCUGCCACAAUUGUUCAUGGAGCUGUACAGAAUUGACAAGAAAGUCUUGACCACUUUCAACCAACAGGUUAGAUUGAAUAAACGACUAGAAGUUCUGACAUUACUAGUUGAUUUUCAGGCGCUGUACUACCCACCCGCUUCAAUCCAAUGUUAA